GAUGUGGCACAUAAAAUAAUGUCGUUUUCUCAGAAUGGUCCAAGGGCUAUUUGCAUCUUGUCUGCCAGUGGUACAAUAUCAAAUGUGACUCUUCGACAACCUGCUACGUUUGGUGGAACUGCGACCUAUGAGGAGCGGUUUGACAUAUUGUCUCUGACUGGUUCAUUUAUGCCGUCUGAAAUUGGCGGUCACCAAAGCAGAAAAGGUGGAUUAAGUGUGAAAUUAGCUGGAUCUGAUGGACGCAUUUUAGGUGGUGGUGUGGCGGGUGUUCUAACUGCUGCAUCACCAGUCCAGGUUAUCGUAGCUAGCUUCAUUGCAGAUGGUCGGAAAGAGCCAAAAUCAGCAAACCAUUUCGAGGCAUCACCUGCUCCAUUGAAUGCCAAUCUUGGUGGUAUGACAGGUGCCAAUAGCCCACCAUCACGUGGCACCUCUAGUGAAUCAUCUGGUGGGCAAGGUAGUCCCCUGAAUCAUAGCGGUCCAGUAUGCACCAACAAUAACCUGCAAGGAAUGUCGAGCAUGCCUUGGAAAUGAGUUUUUUCCGCUCUUCCUAAUAGAUUGACUUCUCGUAGGCUAGUUUACUAAAGAACUCUGAGGAGAUUGUUGCAACUCUGAAGGGAUUGUUGUAGUUUUAAUUGGUGUAAUUGUAGUUGUGCAGAAUUAAGAACCAUAGGCACUUUUUACCUUAGUUCAGCUGGUGAGAAGUGCCAAUUUGCUGAUUCUUAGGUAUUCUGCAUUUUCUGUCUUGUUAAUACAGUUUGCCGUUGUACUAGCCAUAGUAUCAUAGCUCUUGUUUGUGAUAUCUUUCAUAGACUUAUUCAUUAUAUUUCGGUUAUCACAAUAUUUUGUUGUUCA